AAUGAUAGGAACCUCAAUGUGGUCUUGAUCGACGGGCGGAAGUGACGCCAUGGAGGACUCCAUCCCGAAAGAAGCCAUCAGUCGAGUAAAUGAACACCAUUGUUGUGAAUAGGAAGCGGGAAACAGCAACCGUGAAUACAAGAAAGCUAACACGUCAAAGUAACGAGAAGAAAAGGGACAGAAGAGAACGAGGACAGAGAGUAAAAUGGAUAAUCCAAUACAGUCUUGUGUUCUUUUCCGCUUGGGGGUUUUUUUUGUGCAGGUGCUAGUUUCUCGAAGGGUCUGCGAAUGAUUUGUCGGUGAACAACUCUUC